AUGGUCGAAGCCUCCUUAUGUUCUAGUUCUGCUUGUGGCAAUGUCAUCGAUGCACACUUGACAGUCCAGAAAACUACUCUGACAAGGAUUGCUGUUGAAAGCCAGAGCGUACCCAAGUCCCUUCAAUUGCCCAACAGUUCUACUGGCUCCAAGCGACCAUUGUACGAGUUGUUUUACCAAUGUGGUGGAUUGAAAUUUUUUCAGUUUCUAGGGGCUGAAAUCUCAGUGGACAAUGCUUUAGACCUAUACAGGAGUUGGAAGCUUGAUACAGAAGAGGAGCAGGAUAUUGUCGAGACGGUGGAUAUUUUGAGUUUAAGUCUGAUAAAUGCCUCUUCUAGUGACUCAUCAUUGGCGACAACUCUUUUAGAAAGCGUUGUAUAUCCAACAGUACGCGCAGUUGAUGAUGCUCUCUGUCAACCACUAGGACAAUCAUAUGCGUCCUUCCCAUAA